GUUGAAAAGGCUCAACUUUUUAAGUUAGAUAUUUACCUGCUGCUUCGACGUUCAGCGCACUUGACAAUCUUGGCUUUGAUGGCGGCACCCGUGUUAACCAAGGAGGCUGCUGAAAAGACCGCGCGAUCUAUCUUCGUAGGUAACAUACCGUAUGAAGCGACUGAGGAAAAGCUUAUCGAACUAUUUAGCAAGGCUGGUCCUGUAAUCGGUUUUCGUUUGGUAUAUGAUAGAGAAUCUGGGAAACCCAAAGGCUAUGGAUUUUGUGAAUACAAUAACCCAGCCAUUGCUGCGAGUGCUUUGCGGAAUCUUCAAAAUAUUGAAUUCAAUGGUCGUCCGCUCCGUAUCGGACCAGCUGCUGGAGAACAAAAUUCUGCUGAACUGGCCCUAAGUAACCCAUCAGUUGGUCCACCACUUGAAAGCCCAUAUGGAGAUAAUAUUGACCCGCAAGCUGCACCAGAAGCUAUUAGUCGAGCAGUUGCUAGCUUACCACCUGAACAAAUGUAUGAACUAAUGAAGCAGAUGAAACUUUGUAUACAAAACAAUCCUAAUGAAGCACGCAAUAUGUUACUCCAAAAUCCUCAACUAGCAUAUGCUUUACUACAGGCUCAAAUCGUUAUGAAGAUUGUCGAUCCCAAAGUUGCCAUCGCUAUGUUAAAUCGCAGUCAUGACCAAAUCCCCCCUGCUAUGCCGGAUGAAGACAUGUCUAUGAGAGCACCAGUUAUGGCUUUUCCUGGUCAUAUCAAUCAGACACCAUCUUCUGUGGGUCCUAACACUCCAGGAAAUCAUAUGAUGCCCAUGUCUUCACCUGGGUCUCACUUGCCCCCCUCCGGCUUUCCACAUCACGGUGGACCUGGACCCGUCCCACAUCCAAACCAUUUCGGUGUUGAACAAGUUCCACAAAGAAGUCAAGCACCUCAAGGAACUUGGACGGAUCCACAUAUGUACAAGGUCCUACGUUACUUAUAUCUAACUACCUCAAGGGAUAAUGUCAUAUCUUUGUGUAACCGUCAUCCGACAUAAAUCUUUGCUAACUUCGAUUGUAAGAAAUGUGACGAAUGAUUUUAAUCCAAAUGAAGAUCAUGCAUAUAAUCCCGUCAAAUUGCUAGGCACAUCGAUUCCAUUCCGAUUUUGCACUACUAGUCGUUCUUCAAAUAUACCUUGGCGAUGGGGAAUGCAGUAGUUGAGUACAGCGGGCAACUGAUUACCCUAAUGUUUGUGUUACUACUCUCUAUCUAGUUGAAACAGGAAAUUUUUUAUUUAUCAACUAACCGUUGUCGUAAAAAGGUGGAUUUUACGAUAAGCAGUCACAGUGAACAUUAGGAUCUAAAAAGUUCACAUCACAGGUAAACCACCAAUCUGCUUUUCAAAAUUCAACGUUGAAAUUAGGUUUUUGAUGGAGUUUUGUUCUCUGAGCUGGAUAGUUUUGUCGCGGAGCUUUCGUCGUUCUUCUGGACGAUAUCGUCAGCACAAACUUCGAGUAGAAGUGAAGUGUUCAGAUUUCUCCACAUGUGGUUCACAGCUUGUCCUGUAGACCUGAAAUUAGGUGCAACAUUGAUGAUAAUUUUGAUAGUCACUUAGACUUUUAACUAAUAUGCACUUACUGUUCUUAAUAAAAAUUAGUACAACUUAUCUCCGUACAAGCCAUCAAUGUCUAACUGUUUGACUGUGGGUAAGUAAAACAGAAAUAAGUGCAAUUUAUUGGACACAUGUCUUUGUGUUAUUGUAGGAUUCAUUUACUACGUAAAAGCUAAUCAAAAUCGCCAACCCCGAAGCCAAUCUAAAACAAGGCAAUGAGCAGAAGGAGCCAAUGUUUAUUGUGAGAAAUUGCAGUAUUUAUAUCAUACAUAUAUAUAGCCUUCCAUCAUCCAUUCUCAUCUCACCGUGUAUUCUGCAAUCCUAACUGUUUUCUCCUCUAGUCUUCAAGUGUUCGGUCUACUUCGUGCUUUGGUGUGCCGAGACUUCUCUGUCUGACGGUUUUUGAGCCCACAUUCC